CGGGGGCCCGCGUGUUUCGUUCCAGCAGGACUCUGAGAGAGCCCAAUGGGGACCAACGGAUACGAGCAGCAGCUCGCCCCAGCGUAUGGCGAGCUCGUGGCCGGGGGCGGGCCUUAGGAGCUCCCCGCCCCUUCGUCGCUCGGCACUGGUGGACAGAAGCCCCGCCCCCAGCAAGCCCUCGCCCAACCCGCUCCGCUCCGUGUCAGCAGAUGGUAGGAUGGCAUCCAACGCUGACAGUUUGAGCUCUCCUGAAUCGGAUGCUCCCGUUGGUCGGCAGCGGUCGGCCUCUCCUUCUGCGUUGUUGCGUCGCUACCGGCAGCAACAGUCAGGCAACAGCAGCAGCCACGGCCACGGUGUCAUGCUCGGCUCUGUCGCCGUGGCGACGGCCAGGUCGCGCUGGAACGGCCCCGCCGACUCGUGGGAGGAGGUCCAGGAGCGCGUCCGCGGACUGCUGACCACCCCCAGGGCGAUGCGCAGACUCCUCUCGGGCUCCACGGUCUCUGAGAUGGAGGAGGUGUUAACACGCAGGUCCAUCUCCCCGGGGCUGCCCUGACGGAGUUUGGACACGCG